AUGGGCAAGUCUAUGAAAGCCGGGAAAGUGGUGCUGGUCCUGGCUGGACACUACUCCAAACAUAAAACCAUCAUUGUGAAGAACAUCGAUGAUGGCACCUCAGACCGCCCUGACAGCCAUGCCCUGGUGGCUGGAAUUGACCGCCAUCCCCGAAAAGUGAUAGCUGCCAUGGGCAAGAAGAAAAUCGCCAAGAGGUCAAAGAUCAAGUCCGUUGUGAAAGUUUAUAACUACAAUCACCUCAUGCCUACCAGGUACUCUGUGGAUAUCCCCUUGGACAAGACUGUUGUCAAUAAGGAUGUCUUAAGAGACCCAGACCUGAAAUGCAAGGCCAGGAGAGAUGCCUAG